GACUAUAGAGUCAAUCCAUUUUUCCUGUUUCAGUGCUUCUACGCAGACGAAACUUAUUUUAAUUUCGUAUUGGAUUACUCUCUUUUCAUAUUUCUGAAACAGUACCACAUUUUUCUUCAAUGAUUCUUUUCCAAAGCGAAAUUCCCCAUCAAUUAUCCGUAAUCAACCGCCGUCAAGAGCGGCACCAACUAGACAAUAAAACGGUGAGAAACCUAACGAACAUAUAUUUCAAUGCCGUAUGAUUUCUGGCCAAGUUGUUUUCCUCCCAGAGGCGUUCACCCCGACCCGGCGGUGUACGACCAGUGCAACGAUGCCUCGGCUCUCCAAUGGUGGUACGGCAACGCGCAUCUGAACGUGAAGGGGGAGGAUGGACCCUCUUUCGGCUUCUUUGGCUCUUUCUUUCGCCGCUGCGAGGACGAGUGCGCGACGUCGACCUCCGUGUUUCACGAUGCGUGCGCGUGGGCGCUGGUGGACUUGCGCAACGAGAAGUACUACGCGGAUAGCGUGCUGGACCCCGACGCGAUCGCGCAGAUCCGCAAGGGUCUCGACCCGGAGGUGACAGGAAGGCCAACGGAGCACGUGCAAGGUGCUCUGCUGGAGCUUGUGAAGAAGGGUCGACUUCCGCGUCCCGACCACAUGAUGGAGACGGCUGCGGUGUACACGGCGGAGCCGUUUGGGAUCACCAUGGCCAACCACUGUGAGCUGCGAACGGAGCAGGACGGGCUGACGCGCCGCUACACGUUUACGAUGCACAACAGCGUGGAUGAGGUGUCGGUGCACGUGUCCCUGGAGGCGGAAGGCGCGCCUGUGCUGCAAGGCAAGGACGGGCGCGUGAACGGGAUGUACUACUACUACUACCCGUCGAUGAGGGCCUCGGGCUACGUUGAGGUGGACGGGGUGCGGCACGAGGUGUGUGGCACGGGGUGGUACGAUCGCGAGUUCGACGGGGCUGCCACGAAGGCGAGCCAGGACGCGCAGUUUGGCUGGUCGUGGCUUUCACUGCAGGCGUCCAGUGGUGCGCAGGUGAGCGUGUGCCAUGUGACGGAGGGUGCGGAGCAGGCGACGCGUGACGUGACGACUGUGCUGACGAGGGCCGACAGGACGCGCGUGCUGUGCGAGGACGGCCAGCUGGAGGUGACUGAGACGUGGACGAGCAUGGUGACGUUCACGAGCUACCCGGUGGCGUGCCGGGUCCGGGUGGAGUCGAUCGGGCUGGACGUGGCGGUGCGCGCUGCGUUCGCUGCGCAGGAGUUCUGCACCGUGGUGGUGAGCGGCGCGGGCUUCUACGAGGGCGUGAUGGAGGGCACUGGCGCAGUGGACGGCGCUUCUGUGACGGUCCGUGGAUUCCUCGAGCACAAGCGCAAUGCACUGCCGUACGCGAGCACGUCGGGGCUGCUGAGGUGCGUUGGGGCGUACGUUCACGACAUGCUUGCGAAGGCGUGCCCGCUGACGGCGUCGGACGAGUGGGUGGCGGAGAACAUCCUGGGGCGUCACUGCAUUGGUCGCGGCGUGCCGGCGGACCGGCUGUGCAGGGUUCUGUUUGAGCCUGCGCGCCUCAUCAUCGACCGCGGUGGGAAGUCGUGGCGCAGUCUGAUUCUGGUGAGCUGCUGCAACGCGCUCUCGCGCCAGCACUUUGAUUGCAGCCGCUACAUCGCCGUUGCGGAACUGCUCCACGUUGGGUCGCUGAUCAUCGACGAUGUUCAGGACGACUCCGUUCUCCGCCGUGGCGGUGAGUGCGCGCACUUGGUCUACGGGGUCAGCUCCGCGAUCAACGUCGGCUGCGCCUGCUACUUCCUGUCCGUCCACGCAGCCGGGAUCCAAGACCUUCCCGACGCGAAGGCUGCGAAGAUAUACAAGCUCUACUUUGACGUGAUGAUUGCCGGACACGCUGGGCAGGGUCUGGACAUCAGCGGCCUUCAUUAUUUGGUGCCUGCCGCUGUGAAGAGCGGAAACGCGGAGCCUCUCUUCGAUGCACUUGACGCCGUACACACGUACAAGUCAGGUGGAGUGGCAGGGACGCUCUGUUUGAUGGCGUGCGUGCUGUGUGACGCGCCGCCUGACGUAUCUGCUGCUCUCGAGAGCUUCGGUGUGGCCCUGGGACUCGCCUUCCAGAUUGUGGACGACGCGCUCAACGUUUCCGGCUUCGAGGGUGACUUGAAGGAGAAGGCGGAGGACAUCAAAGCGGGGAAGGUGACGUACCCGAUCGCCGUUGCGAUGGGGCGGCUGGGGGCUGCCGACCGCGAGGCGCUGUGGUCGAUCCUGUCGAGCGAGGCGAGAGAGGAUGCGGAUGUGCGGCGUGCUGUGAGCCUGCUGAAUGAGGUGGGUGCUGUUGACGAGUGCCUCAUGAUUGCGCAGCGCCGCAUCCGUGACACCUGGGAAAAGCUGGACCCUCUCCUCGAAGACUCUUUUCCCAAAUUGAUGUUGCGAACGUUCUGUACGUAUCUGGUGGAGCAUCGGCUGUGA